ACAUCUCUCCCAUUGUGGCGGGUUUUAUCGGGGCCACGGUGCUGGUAGUGUCGGCCUCUCUGACUCUGUUUGUAUGGGCGUGCUGUCACCACCGGCAGCCCAAGCUGUCCAAGAACCCUCCAUACCGGUUUGUUCACAUGCUCAAGGGUAUCAGCAUCUACCCCGUGGCUCUGAACAACAGGAAGGUGGUCUCUGGAGUCCACCGUCAGAGCUCUGGGCAGCCGCUAUGCGGAGUGCCAGAGCACUCGGAGAAUGGGACCGUGCCUCCAAACUGUACCCCCUUCCCCGACCAGCUGCAGUUCACCACUGAGUAUGAGAAAGGCCCAGACACUGUGUCCUCCUGCCCCAGAGACAGCAGCAGCAGCAGCAGCACCAGCCCCUCUGAAGGCCCGACCCCAGUGUCCCCAGCGUCCGGAGUCCAACUGGGUACCCUCUGCCUGUCGGUGGACUACAACUUUGUGAAGAAGGCCCUGGUGGUGAGCAUUGAGGAGGCCCGAGGCCUACCCGUCGUGGACGAGACCACCCAGAGCUCGGACCCCUACGUCAAGAUGACCAUCCUGCCCGAGAGAAAGCACAAGAUAAAGACAAGGGUCCUCAGGAAGACUCUGGACCCCGUCUUUGACGAGACUUUCAGUUUUUAUGGGAUCCCGUACAGCCAGCUACAGGAACUGGUCCUUCACUUCCUGGUGCUCAGCUUUGACCGGUAUUCCCGUGACGACGUGAUUGGGGAGGUCACUGUCCCCUUGGCAGGCCUCGACCCUGCCACCAGCAAGGUGCGACUCACCCAGCAGAUCCUCAAGAGGAACAUACAGGUAAGGGCACUGCACAGAUCCAGUGGAUCCCAAUCUGAGGGGAUCUACGGGCGGCCGAGCCACCCCUACGUCAAAGUGAACCUGUUCCUUGGGAGGAGGAGAGUGGCGAAGAGGAAGACCCACAUGAGGAAGUGUACACAGAACCCAGUCUUCAACGAGUUGUUCAGCUUUGAGAUCCGAGCAGAGAGCCUGAGGGAGGUCAGCCUGGAGUUGCUGCUCGUCAACUUCGACAGGACCACCAAGAACGAGGUGGUGGGCUCCAUCCUGCUGGGGCAGCUCAGCCCCAGUCCCAGCGGCGUGCAACACUGGCGGGAAGUCUUGGAAAACCCCAGGAGGCAGAUCACCAAGUGGCACAGUCUGGGUGAAUACUAGGGCGGCACCAGAGGCAGAGAGACAGAGAGAGAGAGAGAGAGACAGACAGAGACAGAGACAGAGACAGAGAGACAGAGAGAGAGAGAGAGAGACAGAGAGAGAGGAGGAGGAUAGAGGGUUACGUGGGGAGGUUAAAGGACAGCACUCAGCACAAGCUGGGGGAAUGAAAUUUUAACAGGAAGGUGGAUUUAGCAAGUGUGGGAAGGUGUUGGAAAACUGCCCAGGGAAAGAGUCGAUUGCGAAGAUGAUGGGGUGAGUCACUCUCACACCAUCUGUGUGUCUGUGUCUGUGUGUGUGUCUGUGUCUCUGCCUGCCUGUGUGUGUGUGUCUCUGCCUGUGUGUGU